AAAAGUUUCCACGCUCCACGUGAUUACAUAAAUCCAGUUCCAUUUCCGACCAUUUUCCGACGGCGACGCGGCGCUGCUGUCGUGUGCCGUGUUUCCUUCGCACUGUGUGUCGAGCGCGGUGCUGUGUGUUGUACGAUUAAACAUCGGAUUUUAGACAUAAAUAUGUUCUCGUCCCUACUGGAGGCGGCGCGCAACUCGCCGUUCCGCGGCCCGCUCGCAAACGCGCAGUGCGAGCCCGCGCUGCCCGCUAGCGACACACAGGGCAUGGCCGCAUCAGCGGUGGUGGAGUCGUGCGAGUUCGCAUCGCCCAAAUAUUUCGCACUCUGCGGAUUAGGAGGCGUACUUUCGUGCGGUAUCACACACACAGCUGUGGUGCCUCUCGAUCUGGUGAAGUGUCGGCUACAAGUGGACCCUGACAAGUACAGGAAUGUGGUGAAUGGCUUCAGGGUCUCCGUGAGGGAGGAAGGCAUGCGAGGGUUGGCUAAGGGAUGGGCACCUACCUUCAUUGGGUACUCGCUACAAGGUCUGUGCAAGUUCGGCUUCUACGAGGUGUUCAAAGUGGGCUACUCGGGCCUGCUGGACGAGGAGACGGCCUACGUCUACAGAACCUUCGUGUACUUAGCUGCUUCGGCCACCGCCGAGUUCAUCGCGGAUAUCGCGCUCUCGCCGCUAGAGGCCGCUAAGGUGCGGAUCCAAACAAUGCCCGGCUUCGCGACGACGCUGCGCGAGGCGUGGCCCAAGAUGGUGCAGCACGAGGGCUACGGCACGUUCUACAAGGGGCUGGUGCCGCUGUGGGGGCGCCAGAUCCCAUACACCAUGAUGAAGUUCGCCUGCUUCGAGAAGACGCUCGAGCUGCUCUACCGCUAUGUAGUACCAAAGCCCCGCGACCAGUGCACGAAGGGCGAGCAGCUGGUGGUGACGUUCGCGGCCGGCUACAUCGCCGGCGUGUUCUGCGCCAUCGUCUCGCAUCCCGCCGACACCGUCGUCUCCAAGCUCAACCAGGAUAAGACGGCGACGGUGGGCUCCAUCAUCGGCAAGCUGGGCAUGGCGGGCGUGUGGAAGGGGCUGGGGCCCAGGAUCGUGAUGAUCGGCACGCUCACCGCGCUGCAGUGGUUCAUCUACGACGCGGUCAAGGUGUGGCUGAGGAUGCCCCGGCCACCACCCCCCGAGAUGCCCGAGUCUAUGCGACUGAGGCUGGAGGCUGAGGAAGCAGCUAAGUCUAAGUGAACUAGUACAAUUGCCUAAACUAAAACAUCGUAUGGCGUUGGAGAUUGAAGCUAGAAACAUACUGAUAACAUGCACACCUUUAUGAUUUUAAAGACCUAAUUCAAAAUUUAAGGAUGAGGAGUUUGAAAUCCUUAAAUUCUUUGAAAAAGUUUAAAAAUAUAAUAAUUUUAUAAUAUCCUUCUCCGCUGGGAGCAUUGUGAAAGGGAUAGCAUUGUUAUAUUUAUGAUCUGUAAUUUUAGUUCAGUUUAGAGAGUGUCUGCUACAGAACUAGCAUGUUAUUAGUAUGUUUCCAGCCUUAAAUGUUUUUACAACUUCACUGUAUAUAUUGUGUAGAUAAAAUAUGAUAUGAUCAUAUUUUAAAGUUAAAGGAAUACAAGUUAACAGAAACACAAAAUAUACUGUCUCCCUUCCGUAGGAGAUACAAUAAUAAUACACAAACAAUAAUACAUACAAAGUGGGGAUAGAACUUUUCACAAGUAGCGUAUGAAAAAUUAUACCAAAGUAGCAUGUGAAUUAUACAAUGCAGCAUCUGCUACUUUUCAAGUAGCUUUUUAAAAAUCACAUGCUGUUAUCACAGUUUUGUUAAAGCGUCGCAAACGUUUACCUUAAAUUGUUAUAAAAUAAACUUAAAAGUAAGCGCCGUAAAGUAUUAAUUCCCUUGCAAUAAAUUGUAGUUGUUCUCUGUAGCAAAGUGUUGGUUAGGAAGUGUGGCACGUUCAAUGCAUAUGACAAAUAAAUAUCUGUGUUUCACGUGUAACCAACUGUGAAGAUAAAAUUGGACAAAAAAUAAUUUCAUCAAAUGAAAAUGAACUAUAAUAUGUAUACAUAAUAUAUGUAACAAUAUAUUUUAAGGGUCGGUCUAUAUAAUUGAUUACACACAGUGAAGUUGUCAAAUAAACUCGGACAGACUUAACGCCUAGCCGUUCGUUCUUUAUCUCAAUUCAAAUGCUAACACGUAUGGUUUGACAUCUGCUAACUUCACAUGCAAUUUCGUUAUGUUACCAGCAUUGUUACAUUUGUCAGUGAAGUUAGCUGCAGGUUUUGUCGACCUCCCCAGCUCUGUGGAGUGGGAGUUCCUGGGUUCGAUUCCCGCUAGGGACUAGUCUGUCUUAGGGUAGUUAGUCUGGUCUGGUCUAGUCUGGUCUGAUGGAAAGUUUCCGGUACGUUCUAAGUUAGCCCGCUUCCAUCUUAGAAUGCAUCAUCACUUACCACCUGAUGACAUCGCAGUCAAGGUCUAAUUUAAUAGAAAAAAAGUGUCAAACCAUACUUGAUAUCGUUUGAAUAGAGUUAUAGGUUCCAAUGUCAAGUAUUCUCCCUUGUAAAGUAUAAUAUGUAUCGUAGACCAAGUGAUAUUCCGGUAUGAUAGUAUGUAAAUCACGUUUAAUUUAUUCGAUUUUCCUAAUAAAUGUAUAUUUUCUAUUUAUUUUUAUUAUUUUUACUUCUCUUCUGUUUAUUCUAUGUAUGGCAUCGGUUACUCCGUGCUCUGUAAUCUGUAUGCCUGUAUGAUUGUAUCAAACGUCAUUGCAAUUUGCCUGAAAAUAAAUGAUACAAAUAGAUGAAAUAUGA